AAUUGCCAUAGGUUGUACCUAAAUUUUACUGGUAUUUCAACUAUUUUUUGUUCUAUAUAAUUUUAAAAACCAUAAAAUGUUCAGUAUAGUUUGAUAUCGACUUCAAAAAAGAACUGAAUGGAAAGAACUCAAAAUGAAUUUGUAUGAAGGUGAAAUAGAUAUGAAAGAUGGCGAAAAAUCUUCGAUUGGUAGACAUAAACUUCCGAAAAAAUUCGAGUGCAGUAAUAUUCUAGUGGAUCCUGAAUGCACAAAAAAUUAUACAAGUGAUCUUUACCUCAGCAAACACCACUUUGUUCAACUUGGAAUUACUUUCAUCGUAACAUUGGCAGCUUUUGCAAAUGGAAUGCAAUAUGGAUGGAUUGGGCCAACAUUAAGGCAAUUGAUGUUAAACAAAACAAAUAUAGAAAUGGAUAAUACAGGCGGUAUUUCAUGGAUUGCAAGUAGCAUAAAACUCGGUGGUAUAUUUGGACCCUUUUUGGGAUCAUUUUUGGCUGAUUAUUGUGGACGAAAAACAACUAUUUUAUUGGCUGCUCUUCCACUAUUAAUUGCGUGGAUUAUUAUAAGCGUAGCAAACAAAGUAUAUCAAUUGUGCUUAGCAGAACUUAUAAGUGGAGUCGCAGUUCAAAUUUCAUUUUCAAUUCUACCCAUUUAUAUUGGUGAAAUAGCGUCAGCAAAAAUACGUGGAACUUUAGCAAUAUUUAUUCCAUUACAAUUUUAUUUGGGAUUUUUAUUAGAAAAUAUAAUUGUACCGAGUAUAUCAGAAACGUACAAUUCAGCAAUUGCUAUCUUCGUAAUUUUACUCUUACUUAGUACUUUUUCUUGGAUGCCCGAAAGUCCUUAUUAUUACUUAAUGAAAAAUCGUCCAGAGAAAGCAGCAAAAUCCUUACGUACAUUAACACAAACUAAUUUUGUUGAGGUAAGAUUAGAAAGUAUCCAGAAUGCAAUUGACAAACAAUGUUCAAUGAAUGUAAGUACUUACCAACUUUUCAAAGACCCAGUCAAUCGAAAAGCAUUUUUGAUUGUUAUGGGUGUUGCCUCAAUUCAUCAAUUUUGUGGACUUAUGGUAGUUUUGCUAUAUGCUCAAGUAAUAUUCGAGAGGGCUGGAACACCCAUAAAUGCCAAUUUAGGAGGUACUAUUUUGUGUGCAGUUGGCAUUAUUGUUUUUUUUGUAAGUAUUAUUUCUGUAGACAAGUGGGGUCGUCGUCCAUUAAUAAUACUUUCCGCAAUAACUUCAGCCAUACCCCUUAUAAUUAUUGGCCUAUACUUCCAUCUGAAAGCAUUAAAUUAUGAAAACAUAGGCUCAUUUAGUAUUGUCCCCAUAAUUGCAUUAUUAUUAUUCAAAAUUACGUAUGGGUUAGGAAUUGGACCAUUGUUUUAUGUUUUUGCAUGUGAAAUGUUUAACACGAGUUUUAAAGCUUACUUCAUUAUACCAGAAACUAAAGGAAAAACAUUGGAAGAAAUUCAAUUGAUGUUAAGAAAUAUUAAAUAA